ACCUUCGCUAACUCACAGGAACCCUUCAACUUCCCUGCUGCGCUCACGGGUGCUGCGAGUCUCCGAAGAAGCCCUACCCUGUGCGUCCGUCUGAAGCUGUCCAAGUUCGUCUCCGAGCCCGCCAGUCCGAGCCAUGUCUGACCACACAGUCAUCCCCAUGCAGGGCGGGGAACCCGCGAAGGGGCUCACUUCGAACCCUCCUCGGGACUACCUGCUGCUCUCCCUCUUCAACAUGCUGGUGUUGGGGAACCCUUGUUGUCUCAGCUUCGUGGCGCUCGUGUAUUCGGUCAAGUCCAGGGACCGGAAGCUGCUUGGGGACAUGAACGGGGCCUCGAGCUAUGGAAACACCUCCAAACAGCUGAACAUUGGCGCCAUUGUCCUGAACGUGUUGGUCCUUAUCAUCUUCAUCAUCUUAUUUUUUGUUUACAUGGUUCCUUUGAUUCGGUACAUGGCGAGCCAUCAGGGGCGUUACUAAGCUCCCACCCUUCCCUCCUCAGGGACCCCUGCAUUCUGUCCCAGUCCUGCUUCCAUAGAUGCCCACAGUAGGCCCAUCCCCUCGACUAGCCCUACUCCCUCAUCCCAGUGGGACAGUCCCUAUGGCCCUUCCCUCCCGUAGAUGCCCAGAAUUCUCAGUAUCUGGUCAGAAUGGGUAUUAAAUAAACGAGUGAUUCGGUUUCUGCC